AUGAGAUUGAGAGACAGAGAAAGAGAUUUUGGUCGAAGGAGAGAAGAAGCCACCAUCGGAGGUGGUGGUUGCGGUGAGCCAGCCUUGCCGAUUUGGUUCAGGCCCAAAUCAGAGAAGCCACUGUGUUCCGCUCCACCAAUUCCGGCCGUGGUUCCGGUUGGCGGAACUACUGCCCGUCUAAUGCUUGACUUGUGGCCAUCAUUGCAACUUGAAGGCUGGGAGAUUGAUGAAAUUUUGAUUGAGAAAUCGAGAGAAUAUCUUGGGCUUUCGGAUCUUGAGAAGCACACUGUAGCUGGUGGCAUUCUUAAUGUUCAUAUUGGGAAUGCCCUUUCACAGUCAGUUAAUGCUUCUGGAGGGUUUGCUGGCAUUGUCGUUGACUUGUUUUCUGGUGGAAAAGUAUUGCCGCGGUUGCAAGAGGUUCAAACCUGGUUAGAAUUGAAUGAUAGAUUGAUGCCAAAUGGUCGUCUCAUGGUGAACUGUGGUGGCAUUGAUGAAGCAGCUGAUGUGAUUGAUGGAGUGGUUCAUCCCAAAAAUUCUUCAAUUGAUGAUACCUAGAUUGUUCUUGGCCGAGCUUCAUCUUGCAACCAACCUACUGCCAGCGGCGGUGCAUAUAGACGGUGUUUACACCAUUGGUGGCCGCUGUAUGAUGAGUUUAAGUGUUUAUGGUCUAGCUGCUUGUGCAGACUGUGAGCAGAGUAACAUUAAGACUAAACAUGCCUUUACAGGGCUUCGAGUAACAAUUGAUUGCAAGCCAGAAAAUGGACACUUAAAGACAAGAGGGGUAGGGAAACUCGAUGAAGAAGGAAAGUUCAAAAUGUCUAUUCAUUGUAAGAUUGUAAAAGAUGGCAAACAAUGAAGAAUGGUAUGCACAGCUUCACAGUGCAUCAGCUGCACCAUGCCCCGCACAUAAUGGCCUAGAGUCUUCAAAAGUAGUAUUGUGACAUUUGUUAUUGUAAGGAUUGUAAGGAUUGAAUUUUGAUUGUAAGGAUUGUGACAAUUGUUAUUGUAAGAAUUGAAUUUUGAUUGUAAGGAUUGUGAUUGUAAGGAUUGUGACAGUUGUUAUUGUAAGGAUUGAAUUUUAAUUGUAAGGAUUGUGACAUGUGGAAUGUGGAUAUUUACAGAUAUUUGUAAGUAAA